CCAUUCAACUAUCCACGUCGUUCAAGAUGCAUCCUGCUGUCUUACUCUCCAGAAGCCUCCUUAAUCGCAGAAACACCUCAAAACAUGUAUGCCCGAAAGAGGACGAGAGCGGUCCAGCCAUCGUUCCCUUCAUUGGCAACCUUACCUACCACCAAUUCGCAAUGAUACUCUCUGGAACUUGCGCCGCCUUCAGUGCCCUUGUCGUUGCACUCAUUAUUGCAAUGCAUGCACACAACUACUCGAAUCCCGUCCAACAACGGCAAAUUAUUCGGAUCAUGCUUCUGGUACCAUGGGUGGCUUUAUUCUCCUUCCUGAUAGUAUGGCGGGAAGAUGCGGGAGAUUAUCUGACCGAAUCGCUUGACUUUGGAUGUUCAAUUGCACUUGCAUCCUUCUUACUGUUGAUGUGCGACUUUGUUUUGUCGCAUCGUGGUGGUUUCGAUGACCUCUUUGGGCAAGGGGCGUGGUCCAAGUCCAACGGCGCAGACAAGAGCGGUACAAGCCCAUUGUGGCUGAAACGAAUGUGGUACGGCGUCCUCCAGUACAUACCGACAUCCAUUAUUCUCUGGAUCGCAGCAGUGAUCUCGCUUGCUGUCGGUUCGUUCUGCAGACAGUCCAACAGCGUGCACUUCGCCAACAUCUGGAUCACUGUCAUAAAAGGCAUCAUCAGUACCAUGGCCAUUGUCAACACACUCAAGUUCUAUAAACAGAACAAAGCGAAGCUUCAUAAGCACCAAAUCCUAAUGAAGCUUUUCACAAUCCAUGGUAUCGUUACUCUAAACUUUCUACAAACCUUCAUCAUCUCCAUCCUCGUCGGGAAUAAAAGUCUCAAACCCUCCAAAUACCUCACUUACCACGACGUCAACACCAGUCUCUCCUCGCUUAUCCUGGCCUGCGAAAUGCCACUCUUCGCUUGUCUCCUACUUUUCGUUUUCUCGCCACAACAGUAUACGAUGCGGUCCCCUGCUGCUGGGUCGCUAUCUGCCAUCGUCGAUGCUUUCAACAUUACCGAUCUGCUGUCGGCAUUCGUGAGAGGUCCAAUGCGGCUUGUCAAGUCGCAACAGAAACAGAUCGCGAGGCAGGACAGUAUGACGUUGGGGACUGGGGCGAGGCCUGAGGCAUCUGGGUAUGAGGAAAUUAGAGUUUGA